GUCAUACUCAUAGCUACUGCAAAUAGCGAUUUAUGCCUCAGCAGUUAUCGAGUAAAUCUACUUUAUUUUCUGUCUUUUUGCAUAGUUCAUGAUGACUUAGGCUGAAUUCACGCUUCUUCAUGACUUAGACAUGAGGUAAUCGGCACACACUUAUUGAAAAGGAAAAUCGUUCUGGAGAAGUACUUUAGAUUAGAUUCACCAUGUCUCAUCAGUGUGUGCUGCCCUCCUUGACGGCGAUGUUCCAGUUUGGAAUGCCGAGCAUGGACAACCUGGAGAUGGUCAUUACAGAUAUUGAUGAACAACUCAAGCACAAUGAUAAAAAGAUUGAGGAGACUCUGCAGAAGUUGGUGCAAGCAACAAACAGCCUUUCACUGGACAAUAAUUAUACCAACAUAAAGGAUGCUAUGGACAGCUUGAUUCAGACCCCAGUUCUAGAGGAGUGUGCCUGUCUCACACCGGAUACAGAGGAUGUUAACAAGCUUCUGAAAGCAAUUCUGCAGCAUGCUGUCAACCAUCCCAACUCUGAAUCGGUCAUCUUUGAGCAGCUGCUCGGCUUAGCAUCGCAUGAAGGCCUUGGUCUCCCCAUCCGUGCACCCAAACCUAGCUAUGUAGCUGCUUCAGCCGUCUCCAUCAACACCAUCGGCGACUCACUUGAACAGGAGAAUGACUCGUUGUGGGAGGAGAUCCGCUCGCGUCUGAAGCGUUACUUCCUAGACAGACUGCAUGCCAUCAAGGUAUCGGAGCCGGGUGAAUGGAUAGGACCGCUCUCUAAGGCCAAGCAGGUCCAGCGUAUUGAAUGUCUACAGAGUCUGUGUAUUCUCUAUCCUAUCAAGGAGGUGUGGAGCAGCUACCAUGUCUUAGCAUCAGAUAAGGCGGCGACAUUCUUGAGAGAGAAUUUGUGUACUUCCAACAUCGAUGCAGCCGAGCCGAGACAGCCUGCGACGUUGGCGUCCAUCGCGGACAAACUCCAGAGACUGACCCCUCAUUUCCACGCCAUGCUGGAGGAUGAGUGCGCCCUCUAUCUUGCGGAUGUCUUCGAGGGGGAGGUGAACUUCCUGCAGGCUGUCCAGGAGAUCUACCUCUCGCAGCUCCAGGAGGAGAUAGCUUCCAUGAUGGAGGAAGCCUGCGAAGGCAUCGGGGGCAGGGGAGGACCCAAAGGAACAUCUUCCUCCAACGGCAGUGCCACGAAGAGCAUUGGGGCCAGUGAUUGGCUGAAUGGAGGCCAUGAGCAUCAUGGGAAAGAGCAGGCCAAGAAGAAGUCUCUCGUGGAAGAUUCUGUACUGAUGAGCCGUGAUGACAUCAAGCAUUACAUGACCAUCGUGACCUUGCUACACGACUUGAAUCAAUGUCUCUGUCAGCUAUCCCAGCAUGCAACAUGGGAAGGAGCCCCUCUCUUCAAACCACCGACCCAUGGCAAGGGCACCAUCAGAGGUGUUCUGAAGCACAAUCGAGAUGGAGGGCCAAUGCGUGACUCUAGGAUGCCAUCGACACAUACCGGUAGAGGGGUGCUCCCAGAGGCCAUCCCGCCCCCGUUUGGUGUCAUGCCUGGGAUGGUAGGCUCGGACUAUGGGGGACGAGGUUCAAGCCCCGUGUUAGAUAGUCCAUCACAUCAGCUGAGCAAGUGGAACUGGUCUUGCGUAUUGGAGAACAUGACAAGCCUUGUGAUAAGAAGCAUCACCAAGCUUUCCGAGGAGAUGCUGAAGACAAGCUGUGCCCAGGAAGAAGAGAAGAUGAGGAAGGAGAAGAAGGCUCAGGCUGUGAAAUGUGAUGUUUCUAAAGGACACGUAGCUCAACCUUAUUUGAUCUGUCAGAGUGCCGCUUCAGCGUCUGACUUUAUCAACUCAGUGCUGUCUUUGGUUAGGGUAGGGAUGGAUAAAGUGCUUCAACCUAUCCGAGCCGGUGUGUUAGAAAUGAUGAGUACCUUGAUGCAGGAAGUUUACCAGCAUCUUACCAAGUUACUUGAGAUCUUCAACCAGAGCUCCAGUGAGAGUGGAUCCAUCCAUGGUCACACCAGGGAUCUAUGUGUGCUCCUGUCUUCAACCGUCUGGCUCCAGCAGGAGCUUGCUUCAUACAAGAGACUCCUGGGGGAGGAGGAGGCCAAGAGUUUCUUUGGUGGCGUUGAGAAGCAACUGAGUCAGUUAGAGACAGUGGUGCAACAGCAGAUCACCUCGAGUCACGUCAUGGUGGUGUCAACGGUCAUCUUACAAGAUGCUGAGAGUCACAACUGGGCUGACCAAAGACCUUUCUUUGAGGAUGAGCGAUGCUCCUAUUCUGUACAGAUGUGGCACCUCUACCUUCAGCGUCUGCAGCAUGAGCUCUUCACUGUGUGUCCUUCCUCUCAAUCACAACCCAUCUUUGCUUCGGUCCUCAGUGAAUCCAUCACCCUACUCUCCUAUCGCUACAACAAAGCCCAGCCGUCGUACAAGAGAACUCGUCAGUUUAGGGCUGACAUCACCACCGUGCUGUUGACUACCCUCACUCAUCUAUGGUCUGCCUGUAAGACCCCUCAACAGCUGGUCUCGCCCCCCUCCCUACUCUCCUCUUCUCCUCACUUCCCCCACAACUCAUCCCCUCUCAACAUCCACAACUCUGCCUCCUGCCUACUGGGAGCCCUGGCCGUGGUGUCUUCACCCCUCUCGGACCUCUACAAGGUCUAUAAGAAGGGGUAUCAGAAGAAGGGCGUGGCCCAUCGCGGUACGGUGGACCAGGAAGGGGCGGGGGCGGGGCCGGUCGCCUGUGAGCAGAGGCUGUGGUUAGCAUGGAUUAGACCUGCCCUGUUUGAACAGCUAGAACAAGGAUGGAAUUUCCUACCAGACAAGAUUGCAUCAUUUAUCUUGCUGAAGCUCCUUGCUAACCAACCGGCUCCUAGUGAUGUUCUUACACUGCAGACUCUGCUCUCUCGAGAUGCCCUCCUAGCUACUCUGAUGAUGUCAAACACUGGUGCGUCGGUGAGAUACGAGCUCUCGUCGAUCCUACAGCCUCUCAUUGAUAUCCUGGUACUCUGUUCUGAUCAUCACACAACACUAGGAUCGGUACUCAUGGCCGUCAUUGAGAAACAAGAUAACUGGCCAAUGUUCCGAUAUGACAGCCUGCCAGGGAAGACGACAUCAGUACCUGAUUGGCUAUCGUGCCUCUUUAAAGUUCUCAGACCAUUUAUACUCAGAGGAGUAUUGGAGGCUGGUGAAGUCCUCAUGAAACCAAGGGCUCACAGUGAGACCAGCGGCUUCCUGGAGACACUAGGGGAACUCCCUUGUGGAUGUCGCCCGAAGCACAGGUCUACAGGUGCAGCUGCUCACAAACAAGAGAAGGAUGCCAUGUCUGGAGCUUUGAAAGCGAUGCUGAGAUGCAUCUCCGAGGAUCUCAUCGCUCUACCGACCACUCUCAAAGUCUUCUUCUUCUCUCUGCAAGAAAGACUCCAGAGCAACAGUAUCAGAUCCUGCCAUAACUGUGUGGCUCUACAGAUCAUUGGAAGCUGCGUGUAUGCCACAUUGACUGACGAGCAGGAAGUGAGGAGGAUUGUGGGAGACGCUGUACCUGAAGGUACUAUCAAGAAGUUCGCUCAGCUUGGAGACUUUACCUUCCUCUCACUGACUGCUACAUGUAAUCAUGGAACCCAAGAGAAGCUACCAAAUGCUCUGCAUACCUUCAUCAAUCUCAACUCUGAUUGGCUACAAGAACAGAUUGACAUCAUCAUAGAUCACCUUGGAAACGAAUCCCUAGGUGAGCUAGCCAACUACAACUGGGAUGAAUCUAGUCUAGACUUCGUAGAAGAUUACUUCACUGUACAGGCAGACCAUGUGACCAGGACGAAGGAUGGUGCUGCUGGACUGAGGAAAAUCAGCAUCCUCUUCAGGAAUAACCUGGCAUGGUUUCAGCAUCAUCUAGACAUCCCCCCACUCCUGCAGACGGACGAGACCCCUACCAUACCCAUCUUCAACCCCGAUACCGCCCCUACCACACCCUCCGACACCCCCUCACCGUCAUCCUUCAACCCCCUCUCCUCCUUCGACCGGCUGGAUGAUUCUCCGUUCACUCACGAGACCAUCGCUGAGUUUCCCUACGACUGGGCCAAGCUCCUGCUGGCUGAUCUGGGGCUGAGUGAAGCUGGUUUCCGUUCCCUUCUCUCUCAUCGCUUUGAGAUGCAGGAGGAUGCUAACCUGGAAGAGGGGGAACGGAAACCAGUCCGCGUGCUCAGGUCAAAGUUUGACUUGGAUAAAGGGGAUCUGGUCUGAAUCCUUUGCUGAAAGUUGCAUUGACUUGUCAAUAGCGUACCGUAGUAACACAGUUAUAAAUUAGCAGUUGACUGCUAGUUUGCAAUAGGCCAUUUUCAUAAUGUGAUCAAAUUUAAAACAUAAAACUUUGUUAAGUGCCUCUUUACAAAUUAUU